AACUAACCAUAUCUUCACAGCCCACGGAUUUUAUUUCAAUUUUCAUGUCAAUGCGAGGGACCUAGUCCAAAACCACCUGUACACUGUUCUCUCUAAAAAAACACAGCCGUAUGUGGAAGUGGAACCCUGGAAUUGGCAACAACAUUAUCCCGAAGCGUCCCAUCCACGCGACGCGGCACAACCUCCCGCGCCCAACACACUCACCAUUCCGGACUGGGGACAUGUCACGGGGAAUGUAACCGAAUCCCAAUCCCACCAUUCCACGGUACAAAAGAGAGAAAAAAACACCCGCCGCAACGCAAACACACACACACACAACAACAACAACAACCAAAAAUCCAAGAAAAACCCCACCGUCUCGAGAGGCCGCUCAGCCAUGGAGCUCGCGGAGGCCGUCCGGGACGAGACAGCCAUGGCCAUGCGCCUGCUCGGCCACCUCGCGCGCGCCCCACGCGGCGGCGGCGGCGACAAAAACCUGGCCGUCUCCCCGCUCUCGCUCCACGCGGCGCUGGCGCUCCUCGGCGCGGGGGCCCGCGGCGAAACGCUCGACCAGAUCAUCGCCUUCCUCGGCCCCGCGGGUGGCCCCGCCCACGCGGCGCUCGCGUCCCACGUCGCGCUGUGCUCCCUCGCCGACGACAGCGGCCCCGGCGAUGACCGCGGCGGGCCCAAGGUGCGGUUCGCCAACGGCGUCUGGGUCGACGCCGCGCUCCGCCUCAAGGCCGCGUACGCGCGCGUCGUCGCCGACAAGUACCGCGCGGAGGCGCGCCCGGUGUCCUUCCGAGACAAGCUAGAGGAAGCGAGGCGAGAGAUCAACGAGUGGUUCGAGAGCGCGACGGCCGGCCGGAUCAAGGACUUCCUGCCCAAAGACGCCGUGGACCGCGCGACGCCGGCCGUCCUCGGCAACGCGCUCUACUUCAAGGGCGACUGGGAAAGCAAGUUCGACGCCCGGUCCACGAGCGACGACGUCUUCUACCUCCCCGACGGCGGCCAUGUCUCCGCGCCGUUCAUGUCGAGCGGCAAGUGGCAGUACAUCGCCUGCCGCGCCGGCUACAAGGUCCUCAGGCUCCCGUACGCGCGCGGCGGCCGCGGCCGCGGCCGCGACACCGGCCGCCUCUUCUCGAUGUACAUCUACCUCCCCGACGAGCGCCACGGCCUGCCUGACAUGCUGCGCAAGCUGUGCUCCGACCCGGCGGCGCUGAUCGAGAGCUCCGCCGCCCUGACGGAGAAGGUCCCCGUGGGCGCCUUCAUGGUGCCGAGGUUCACCCUGUCGUACAAGACGAACGCGGCGGAGACGCUGCGACAGCUCGGGCUGCGCCUGCCGUUCGAGUACCCCGGCGCCGACCUGUCGGAGAUGGUGGAGUCAUCGCCGGAGGCGGAGAAGAUCGUCGUGUCGGCCGUCUACCACGAGUCCUUCGUCGAGGUGAACGAGGAAGGCACCGAGGCGGCGGCGGCGACCGCCGUCGUCAUGACCCUUGGCUGCGCGGCGCCAUCGGCGCCGGUUCACGUCGUGGACUUCGUCGCCGACCACCCCUUCAUGUUCCUGAUCAAGGAGGACCUCACCGGCGUGGUGGUCUUCGCCGGGCAAGUCACCAAUCCUUCGUCCUCGACCUAGAUUCCGAUGUGGUGAAGUAAGCAGCGAAGAGAACACGGAGCGGUUCGUCAGAUCAUGUCCCUGUAGUGAUCUUUGCGUGUAAAAAUUCCGGAUCACCGGUCAAUUCUGUGAUAUUGUAGCAACUAUAUAUCAGUUAUGCAGCAAAAGGAAUAAGUACAGUAUUGGUGUCUCGUCAAAAGAAAACAUGAAAAUUUGUUAACUGUGCA